UCUAUUGAUGGCUAGAGACAUAUCAAAACAUAUACAGUGGUCCUUUCUUAAAUUAGUUGUUUUAAAAUUGUAGUAUAGUACAUAAAUCGGCACUACGAUAUGGUCAAAUACUUUCUUAAAUUAGCUAAAUGUUUCUUGUUGCUUGUUAAGAUAAAUUUUAAAAGAUGCAGAAAAGGAUGUGACAAUACAAAAUACUUCAAGAAAAGCAAAAACAAAAAGAUUACGAAAUCUCACUAUAAUAAUACAUUGGACUUUUCUCUUCUUUUUUUUGGAACUAACAAAUAAUAAUACAAUUGUCAUCUUAAAAAUAAAUACAUAGAAUAACGUUUAAUAAUGUCCCAACGUGCACUAUAUAAACGAACAACCACGAUACAUUUACAUCACAACACACAUAACAACAACAAAAACACACAAAUAAACCAAAAUGGCAGCACGAGCCACAACGUUCUAUGCUCUCUUACUAAUUACCUCACUCCAACUCCUCCUAACAUGCCACGUGUCAUUCGCCGCCGGAGGAAGAUGGAAACUCCUCCUCCCCAACGUCGGAAUCUCAGCGAUGCACAUGCAGCUCCUCCGCAACGACCGUGUCGUAAUGUUCGACCGAACCAACUUCGGCCCAUCGAACAUCUCUCUCCCCAACGGUAACUGCCGUAACAACCCACAGGACCCUGUUUCCAAAAUCGACUGCACAGCUCACUCCAUCGAAUACGACGUCGCAUCAAACACCAUCCGUCCCUUAACCGUACAAUCCAACACAUGGUGCUCAUCCGGUUCGGUUAGACCAGACGGUGUUCUCGUCCAAACCGGUGGAGACCGAGACGGCGAGUUAAAAGCAAGAAUCUUCACUCCUUGUAAUAACAAAAAAUGCGACUGGAUCGAGAUUAACAACGGGUUAACAAAGAGAAGAUGGUACUCUUCUAAUCAUAUUCUCCCCGACGGUAAACAAAUAGUCAUUGGAGGCCAAGGACAAUUCAACUACGAGUUCUUCCCCAAAACGACAUCUCCUAACGUUAUCGCGUUACCGUUUUUGGCCGAGACUAAUGAUAGAGGAGAAGAGAAUAAUCUUUAUCCUUACGUUUUUCUCAACAACGACGGUAAUUUAUUUAUAUUCGCCAAUAACCGUGCGAUAUUACUAGACUAUAUUAAAAACACGGUGGUGAAAACUUAUCCGGCGAUCCCCGGUGGUGAUCCGAGGAGCUACCCGAGCACCGGCUCAGCAGUGUUAUUACCGUUAAAGAAUCUUGAAGCGGUUAAAAUAGACGCGGAGGUUCUGGUGUGUGGAGGUGCACCUAAAGGAUCGUACCUCCUCGCUUUCAGAAGGAAAACAUUCGUGAAAGCGCUUGACACGUGUGCGAGGAUCAAGAUUAACGACGAGAAUCCUCAAUGGACGGUGGAGAAGAUGCCACGUGCUAGAGUUAUGGGAGACAUGACGCUUUUGCCUAAUGGAGAUGUUUUGAUUAUCAACGGUGGUGCUUCUGGCUCAGCUGCAUGGGAGCUUGGUCGUGAACCGGUUCUCGUACCGGAUGUGUACCAUCCCGAGAAUCCGGUUAACUCUAGAUUUGAGUCUCUUAACCCGACUACAAUACCGAGAAUGUAUCACUCCACGGCGGUUCUUCUCCGUGACGGGAGAGUUCUCGUUGGAGGAAGCAAUCCUCACGCGUUCUAUAACUUCACCAAUGUGCUUUUCCCGACCGAGCUAAGCUUGGAGGCUUUCUCUCCGGCAUACCUAGAACCGGAGUUUGCGAAAUUUCGUCCAAAGAUUCAGUCUCCUAAAUCGCAAGUAAUGAUUACGUAUAGGAUGGACUUGAAGCUGAAGUUUAAGGUCGCAGGGGAAGUCAAGGGUCCGGUUAAAGUAACGAUGGUGUUUCCAUCGUUCACAACGCAUUCAUUUUCUAUGAAUCAAAGGCUUUUGGUUUUGGAUAACGUUACGUUUAAAAGAUCUGGUAAAUCGACGAACUAUGAGGUUCAAGUGAAGACUCCGAGAUCGGUGAAUAUAGCACCGCCUGGUUAUUAUAUGAUGUUUGUGGUGAAUCAAAACAUACCAAGCGAAGGUAUUUGGGUAAGGCUACAAUAAUUCAAAUAUAAAAAGGAUGCCUCAUUAAUUAUUUGAAGACUUGUAAAGUUUUAUUUGGAUGAAUUAUUGUAUUUGAUUAUUGACAAACAAUUUAAAUGAAUUGUAUUUGGAGACAAUGUGUUGAAUACCUCCAAUUAAGAUCCAAAUUAGCUGAAUGCCCAUAAUUAUGAAUAAUCUAAAAAAGAGUAACCUUUUGACACUGUACGGACGAAAAUGCCCUCAUGUUUUAUCGAAAACAAGUAACUCUAGAUCUAUCAGCUAAAUAUUUACAUAGCAGGUAACAAUCUACAUACCAACUAACAUAUCAGCUAAUAAUUUUAGUAUCAUCUAACAAUCUAUGUAUCAAACAAAUGUAUCGACUAACAAAUCAUAUAUCAGUUAAUAAAUUUAUUAACAAUUAAUUAUUUAUCUAUCAAAUAGCUCCAAAUCUAUUUGUAACAGCUAACACUCCAUGUAUCGAUUAAUAAUCUAUUAAAAUCUAAAUAAUAGCAGGUAAGUAAUAAAAUACCUACUAACGUAUAUAUUAUCUAAAAGUUGAUUGUGAGUCGAAAUUGGAAACAUUGGAAUUGGGGUGAGAUAAUAAGAUUAACAUUAUGGGUGUCAAAAGAAUCAGAAUAAAAAAAUAAAUAUUUGUGUUGAAUUAGAAAAUGAUUUGAAGAAUCUGUACGAGAGAUAAAGUGAUUAUUAGAACACAUAAAAAAGGAGAAGAGAGAGAUAUAAAUAAGGGUAUUAUAGUCAUAAAAAUAUCAAAAAGAAACAAAAGUAUAUGACAAAUUAUAUGGGCUUCUGGGGAUAUCCACACCAAUUUCUCUUGUAUUUGUUGUGUAUGACAAUCAAUUAAUUGGAAACUCAGUCCAUUUUCAUGUCU